GCGGGGGAAAAAAUGGCGACGGCGACCACCCAGAAAUCAAUCUCAAAGGAACUAGAACUGGUCGAUGGAAAAAAGGCCAAACUUAAAUCAGCAUUCGAAGAGCUUCAAGCCCAUUAUUCUGUCACCAAUCUCAAAUGGGAAGACUUAGAUUCGUACUUCACCUCCCUCCAGUCCCACCUCCUCCACAAGUUCUCCCGCCUCCAAUCCCAAAAACCCGACCCGAAACCCCUGUCCCACCCACAGCCCCAGCAGCCCAAACAGAAAGAAACUCCAGCCAAGGAUUUGUCGAACCCAGUUCCGGCUCGGGCUGAAUUGAAGUCUUUCUGUGAGAAUAUGGAUGGGUUAGGGUUGAGAAAUUAUAUACUCGACCGCCCCAGAGAACGGGCUGCUAUUCGGGUCGAAUUGGCGGACGCUUGGAAGUACGCGCCGGACCCAGCUAAAUUGGUUGUCGAUGCCAUGCAGGGGUUGGUUGCGGAUGAUUCGGGUUCGGGUACGAGUGUGGACUUGGGUGGGUUGAGGAGGGUGGGCGUGGUUUUGUUAGAGGAGUUGAUGAGGGCUAAAGUGGAGAUUAGGGACGGGGUUAAGGAGAAGGCGAAGGCGAUAGCGGCUGAGUGGAAGGGGAAAUUGGCUGCCGCCAGUAGUGGUAGUGGUAGUGGUGGUGAUGGUGGAGGUGAGGAGGAUGGAUUGGAAAAGUUGUGUUUUUUGCAUAUGUUGGCUGCAUUUGGGUUAGUGGAGAAUGAUGGUUUUGACUUGAAUGAGCUGGUUGAGUAUGCUGCUGUAAUCGCGAGGUAUCGACAGGUUGUGGAGUUGUGUCGUGCCCUUAAGUUUGGCGAUAAGAUUUCUGACAUAAUUCAGAAACUUAUUGGCGAGGGCAAACAUCUUUUGGCUGUUAAGUUCGUAUUCCAAUUUGAGAUGACGGACAGGUUCCCACCGGUGCCUUUGCUGAAAACCUAUGUAUUAGAUUCAAAGAAACUUGCUCAGAAAGUUCGCAAGGAUGGAAAGAGUUCUCGUCAAUCUUUAAAUGAGGCAGCUGCAAAAGAAAUUAGCUCGCUCAAAUCAGUCAUUAGAAUUAUUGAAGAUCACAAUUUGGAAUCUCAGUAUUCAAAGGACAUCCUUCUGAAGCGUGUUGAGAAGCUAGAAAAAGAAAGGACAAGUAAGAAGCGACCUGCACCUGUCCCUGCAGUCAAAGCUCAACAACAGAAGCCCAAUGUAGGUAAGCAGAGUAGGAAGAUUGGAGCUGCUGGCAGGUCUACAUUCCAAAAGAAUGUUGCUACCUAUCCAACUGUUCCAACAGUCCAACAACCUCAUAUGCAGAUGGCAGGUUUAUUGGCAGAUCCAUACCUCAGUACAUCUGCAGCAGCCUAUGGCUUGGCAGGCUCAACUCCUGCUGUUGCCCCAUAUGGAGGCACAUCUGCUGGCAUUUAUGGGUUGCCAGGGACCCAUAUAGACCCUUCUGUAGCCGGUCUAUACCCUUCUGAAACCUCCACGCGACCUAGUUACUAUGAUAGGUCAGUUGUUUAUGGUGGAUAUGGUUUCCCACCUCAGUACCAUCAAGCUUACUAUCCUCAGUAGUUUGCUUUUAUAGAUGGUCUCUUAAUUUCCCCUGAUUUUCUCCUGUGGUUAGCACAAAAGCAUACUGCUUUUGGUGACCAGCAUUUAGCAGAUACUAUACUUGGUUCUGGAAAGUUACUGAUAUGUCAGUGAUGGGUGGUACCCCUGAAUUAAUUUUCAGGUGUACAUCCUUUUGGCAUUUAAGAGAUCACUUACCGAUGAUCAGUGAUGCCUACCAUAUUCCCAAACUAUCUUCCAGUUCCGAUCCUUUUAGGCCACAAUCAUGUAGUUUCAUUUGCAUCCUGUGUGGCAUAAGCACAUAGUUCAUUCCCAUUCUUUUUCCCAUAAUCAUGUGGUUUCACGUUGAAAUUUGCUAAAAGAGAUUUCUGGGGUUAACCACCAUUGGAAACUGUUCCAGUUAAAUAUGUCCUUGUACCUUAAUUACAGUUUUCAUUUAGUCAGAAUAGGUCAAACCUUUUUUUAAUAGUAUUUUGUUCCUUUCUCUUAUUUCUGUUGAAACGUGCAGCUAAUUUGUUUUGUUAAUCCUGAUUAAGAUAUCAUAAUAAUCCUGCCUCUCAGAACUUAAGAAUAUAAGCAUGCCAGGAAUUCUGUAUUUACCACAUGGAUUGAAGUUGCAAAUUUAAGUGGCCCGUUAUUUUGUGUUCA